UAUUUAAAUAAUCAUAAAGUGACAAAUUCUACUCGGUUUCUACUAUGAAAUUACUUUUGUUGAUACUGUUGAUAGAUCUACAACCUGCAAGCCAACUGCUUGCGGCUGUUUUCCAGCUAGGACACAGAGACAUGUCACUAUGUUUCAGUGUAAAAUACUUGUUGGAAUGCAGUUUAGUUUCAUAGUGUAACACAAGAAUGCAUUGCAGUCUUCCAUUCUAUUCAUAUAAUUAUAUUUAGCAUAUAAAUUAAAUUAAUGAUGAAGAAAAUAAGUGAACAAGUAGAUUCAUCAAGUUCCGAAGAUGAAAAAUUUGCAAAUAUUUUGAAGGAAGCAAUUGAUCAGCAAUUUUUAAACAAUAAUCUGUAUAGCAUUGAAAAAGCUGAAGCUAUUACUCAGUCUGAAGCAAAGACUGACAAACUAGAAGGAAGUUAUUUCUUGAAAAUAAGCUCAAAACAAGCAGAUGAAUUUACAAAUUUUGGUGUUACUGUCACGUUUCAAAAUUUUAUCGCCAAAAAACUAGAUGAAAUUUUGGAGCGAACCAUAGAAAUAGAAAACGGUGAAAUUCUUAAUUAUUGUGAUGAACAAAAAUGGAAAAAGGACAAAAGCUCUGGAAUAAAACUUCUAAGUACAUCAAAAAAUUUGUUAACUAUUACAAAAAUCAAAGAGGAAUGUACGGGGCAUAAAAAAAAGUCCAAAAGAAAUAGACAAACUGUAGAGGAUGACGAGACCUCCUCAAAAUUUCGAGAAGCUGCCAUUGACCCAGAAUAUAUAUUAAACAAAUUAGAUUUGGAAGCUUGGGUUAAUAAACGCCCAGAAUCGGAAUUUAAGUAUAAAAGAUUAAAAGAUGGUACUUUAAUCGAAAUGUAGUAUUACUUUUCUAUUUGUAUUUGUAUAUAUGUACAUAUACAAAGAUAAGAAGAUGUUUCCUAAUUUUCUUAUUAUUGAAUCGUUUUUGACGAGAUACAUGCUCUCCUUUUCUUCUUUAGUGAAAAUUUUUCUCAUUUUUUUCAACUUUUUAUAUUGUUUUCCAUAAAAUUUUUCAGAUUUUGGUGUAAUUCAUUUCAUAAUUUUUCAGAAUUUCUAAUUAAUUUCAUUUCAGACGUUUCAAAAAAUUUUUCAAAUAUUUUUUAUACAAGUUCGACUUUUAAAAGAAAAUCAAAAAGUUACAAUAAGAUUCUAAAUCUUAGAAUAUUUUAAUGUUAUAUCAGAUGUAUCACUAAAAGAAUUUUGAUAAAAUUAUUAACAUUUUAUUCAAUAAAUUAUUAACAUUUUAUUCAAUGAAUAAA